CUGAGGCAGGGAACCCCAGCGUCUGGACAAGGAUUGACACGGUGUGAGCCUCAGCGGCUGCUGCCUUAGUGAAAGAGCCUUAAGCGCGAGCCGAUCGCCCCGGCAGAGUCCGUGUAGUAAACACACUUCAGAAACGUGAGGUGCCGGGGGUCACGUGGGCGGCGCGUGGUCCAAUGAGGAGCCGGGGGCGGGGCCGAGACCGCUGACGCGGCGGCGGCGGCGGCGGUGGCGGCGGCGGCGGUGGCGGAGUCACCCGGACAGCCUCGGGAGCGGUCACCGGCCGGCAGCCGUCCAGCCGCAUCGACCACCGUCUCUGCCCCUCCGUCCUUGGGCUCCGGGUCCCGAGCCGAGAGGCAGCGUGGCCUAACGGCGGCAGAGUCCUCCGCGGGUGCUCGGGGUGACUCACCGCGGGAGGGCCGUUCUGUCGUCGCGGGCCGCUUCGGCGGGGCGAGGUUACCGUGACGAACCUCCGUCGUGGCGGCUCCGGCUGCUGGGACUCGCCGGCGCUUCGGGGGUCCCGGGCCUCGCAAGUUAUGCCUCCUGUGCGGGCGCGGGCCGCGGGCGCCGGGUCCUAAAGGGCGUCACCCCCGGACUGGGAUCCCUCCAUUCAUCGCGCCCGGGGCGCCCUCGCCGGGGGCGGUCCCCUCCUGAGGGCCACCGGGCCCCGAGCCCCCACGCCCGCGGCCGCCCCUUCCUGGCUCCCGGCGUGCGGCGGUUCUCCUGGAAGCGCGGCCGUUUGUUAUGAGCCCGACCCUCCUGGCUUGAGUCUCUCCGGGGAGGAAGUCGGCGGUGAGCCGCCGCGCCCCGGGCAUGGGGGUGAACGCGGUGCACUGGUUCCGAAAGGGGCUCCGGCUCCACGACAACCCCGCCCUGAAGGAGUGCAUCCAGGGCGCCGACACCAUCCGCUGCGUCUACAUCCUCGAUCCCUGGUUCGCCGGAUCCUCCAACGUGGGCAUCAACAGGUGGCGGUUUUUGCUUCAGUGUCUUGAGGAUCUUGAUGCCAAUCUACGAAAAUUAAAUUCUCGUCUAUUUGUGAUUCGUGGACAACCAGCUGAUGUGUUUCCAAGACUUUUCAAGGAAUGGAACAUUACCAAACUUUCAAUUGAGUAUGAUUCUGAGCCUUUUGGAAAGGAACGAGAUGCAGCUAUUAAGAAGCUGGCUACUGAAGCUGGUGUAGAAGUCAUUGUGCGAAUUUCACAUACAUUAUAUGACCUAGACAAGAUCAUAGAACUCAAUGGUGGACAACCACCUCUAACUUAUAAAAGAUUUCAGACUCUCAUCAGCAAAAUGGAACCACUAGAGAUACCAGUAGAAACAAUUACUUCAGAAGUGAUAGAAAAGUGCACAACUCCUCUGUCUGAUGACCAUGAUGAGAAGUAUGGAGUCCCUUCCCUGGAGGAGCUAGGAUUUGAUACAGAUGGCUUAUCCUCUGCAGUGUGGCCAGGAGGAGAAACUGAGGCACUUACACGUUUGGAGAGGCAUUUGGAAAGAAAAGCCUGGGUGGCAAACUUUGAAAGACCUCGAAUGAAUGCAAAUUCCCUGCUUGCAAGCCCGACUGGACUCAGCCCUUAUCUCCGAUUUGGUUGUUUGUCAUGUCGGUUAUUUUACUUCAAAUUGACUGAUCUCUACAAAAAGGUAAAGAAGAACAGUUCCCCACCGCUUUCUCUUUAUGGGCAACUACUAUGGCGUGAAUUUUUCUAUACAGCAGCAACAAAUAAUCCCCGCUUUGAUAAAAUGGAAGGGAACCCCAUCUGUGUUCAGAUUCCUUGGGAUAAGAAUCCCGAGGCUUUGGCUAAAUGGGCAGAAGGCCGGACGGGUUUCCCCUGGAUUGACGCCAUCAUGACGCAGCUCCGUCAAGAGGGCUGGAUUCACCAUUUAGCCAGACACGCAGUGGCUUGCUUCCUGACACGAGGCGACCUGUGGAUUAGCUGGGAGGAAGGAAUGAAGGUAUUUGAAGAAUUACUGCUUGAUGCAGAUUGGAGCAUAAAUGCUGGCAGUUGGAUGUGGCUCUCGUGUAGUUCCUUUUUCCAACAGUUUUUUCAUUGCUAUUGCCCUGUUGGUUUUGGAAGGAGAACAGAUCCCAAUGGAGACUAUAUCAGACGUUAUUUGCCAGUCUUAAGAGGCUUCCCUGCAAAAUACAUCUAUGAUCCCUGGAAUGCACCAGAAGGUAUCCAGAAGGUAGCCAAAUGUUUGAUAGGAGUUAAUUAUCCCAAACCGAUGGUAAACCAUGCUGAAGCAAGCCGCUUGAAUAUUGAAAGGAUGAAACAGAUCUAUCAACAGCUUUCCCGCUAUCGCGGACUAGGUACAUCAGCCCCUUUUUUGGGUUUGUUUCUUUGA